UCUGGCAGUCUGACAGCACGAACACAGGCCGAGCACGCUCGCGCCGAGCAUCGACCAAUUCAGACUCUCGCUUGCGCUCUCGUCGUCGUCGUCGUCGUCGUGCAGCAACAGCGAUACAGUCUCGCGCGAGCCCAGCACCAGUGGCAGUUCGUGGCUAAGGCAUCGUCGUCGCUGCUGCCAGUUCUCGCGCCCGAUUCCACCUCGAGGACUCGGAUCUGUCCGGCUCGGUAGUCGUGCGAGAAGCAGGAACCUCGUCUCCAGAAGGAGGCUUUCCACGCGCGGGGGGCACCAGUUUGUGCUGGUGCUGCUACUGCUGCUAGUGCGGUACGCGCGCGCUCCUUUGUCGUCGCGGUCUUCGAGUCGUUCCGCCUGCAGUUCAACAACGUCCGAGCGAGCUGGCGACGAAAGAAAACACCAACGUAUCGCUGUUGGCCAUUCGUGUAAAACGCGGACGGGUGACUGCACGAGAGCGCGCGCGUACGCGAAAUUUACCAAUAAAAAUAUCCAAUAAAACAAGGUGCUCGCUACUGUGUUUCCGCGCGACUCGUCUCAGCAGCAAUUACAGCAGCUAGAAAACUAGUCCAAAGGCAGCUCAGCUCUUGACAAGAUGCCGUUUAUAUCGAAGGAUUGGCGCAGCCCUGGCGAGGAAUGGGUCAAAACCGUCGAAGGUUGGGAGAAGAAAAAAAUUCUCGAAUGCGCCAACCAUAAAACUCUAUCUCUCCUGCUCAGAGUCGAAUCUAACGGCGAUAAAAGAGAAAAGGAAAAAGAUAAAGACAAAAAAAAAGAAGAUGCCGUCCAGCCACACUGUCACAUCACAUUGAAAUGUACCCGAGAAAUCGCUGGUUUUAACGGGCUAAGUGACGCGUUGAAGAGGCUCGAUUUCUUGUCAGCGGUCCACGACUGUCGGCGUUUUAACUACAUCGUUCGCUUACUCGAUCUGUUGGUCAGCCACCGAAUGGGUGGUCUCAGCGGUUGCGCUCAGCGUGUACUCUUCAAUAUGCUUGAAGAGGUAGCGUUAGAAGUGUCCUUAUCACAACAGCAAACAGGAAGAUUGCGCAGACUUAUCGAAAGAGUUCGAGCUUUUAGUGCAGGUUGCUGUUGGGGUGGAAGACCACUAGGAUCAGUAAUUUUAUGGGAAAAACACAAAGCGGCUUUGGACAGAAUAUUGCACAUCGCAUCCUCCAUCCAAAUUACUCAGCCGGAUGAAGAGCAACAACCUCAAUGGUCGGAUCUACCAGCCGAGUGUCGACGCGAGGUGUUGUUGCGUUUGAGCGAUCCCCGGGACAUCGAGGCAUCGUCCGAGGCUUGCGAACACUUAGCCGUCCUGGCACAGGAGCAAAGGAUCUGGCGGGAACUCGCCCAGUAUCACUUUACGCCAUUGCAGAUCGCCACUGCCCGACGAAACAAUCCCGACAAAGACUGGAAAUGUAUAUUUACUAUUGCCCGGAGGUCUUACGGGCUACGAGAAGAAUAUGCGGAAAUGAUACAGCUGUGUCGAAAUUGUCGCUGUCUAUUUUGGCGAUCGCUUGGACAUCCGUGCAUCGCAGAUCAAGAUCCGGCCUUUCAGGAGAAACUUGCCGACGUCGAUCGAGCCUCUCUUCACGUGCCCAUUCCACCACAAACCUUCCUCAAAUUUUUCUCUCUGUGAAUACUUACUAUAUAGUAUAGAGUCUAUAAGUAUAUUUAAUUAUAAAUACACGAUUAAAAAAAUGCACUUCUACGUUACUACUAAAUGUAUAUUAUAAAUAUUGAGAAAAUAACUUUAAAAAGCCCGUGCUGCAUGAAUCAUUGCAGGGUAUACUAUAAACGCGUGGUUGUAUUUUGUUUGUCACUGCGAUAAUUGCAUAUGCAUGAGAAAGUGAAAAUUGCGAAGCAAUGUGUAUAAAGUAUGUACGUAAGUUAUAAAUUGUGAGCAAGUGCGUUAAUCGCUACAGGAAGAGAAAAAGAGAUAAAAAGUUGUAAGAAAGAAGAAUACAAAGACAAGAAGUCGUGUAUAAAUCGAGCUUCAAAAGCUGCACGAUAUACCAUUGAUUCCCGCGAUAAUUUUUUACGCAAGUUUUAUUAUCGUCGUCGUAUUUUUAUUAUUUGCUAAGUUUAUAAACAGUGGGUACGAAAAUUAUUCUGCUCAUGAACUAUAAAUAUAUAUAUUUGUGUAGCGCGAGUCACAAGCUUUCCAUGUUGUGCAGGCACAGCGCGUUUACAGUUCGUUCGCACUGUGCGAUAGAUGCUCUCAAAAUGCAUCUUCCGUAAAAUGCUGUGUACUUUUUAAUGAUGGGCACUCAAUGUGAUGCAUUUUUAAUGUAAUAUUUCAAUCAGAAUCGUGCCCUAUAAUUUACUUUGUUAGAAAUCCUAUUUUUGCCAUGAACUUUUGUAUGAACUUAGAUAUAAUUUUUAAGUUAACUUUUGUCGCGAGCGUUAUCGAUUUUUAUCUCUUGAUAUUGUAAUUUAAAAAAUUAUAAUUAGAGUUGGAAGACAGAUUUAUUAUUAUAAUUGCUAAUUUCUAAAAACUUAAGAGUUCGAAAGAGUUUAUGAAAUGUUUUCAUGGUAACGAAACCAUUACAAAAUUAUCCAAUACGUUAAUGAAGUAGAAGACCAAAUAAACGAACACCUUCCAAAAAAAUCAGAAUGAUACAUAAGUUAAUAUAUUAUACUAAUUGGGUGAUUCUAAAAAGUAAUCAACUACUCGAAAUGAGAACAAAGAAUAUUUAUCCCAGCAAUGAAUGGAUUGAAUAAUUUAUUUUUUGUUAUGACUUCUCUCGACGCUCGAUUAUAAUUUGUUGUUGAAUUUAUAAUAUGUGAUACACAAAUAGAAAUAUAUCAUUCCUGCCAGAGAUCGAAAAGAUUUUCAUUUCAAUGUAAAUGAACUAAAUUAAACGCAAUGGUCCAUAUCAAUGCUGUUUUUACCAAGAUCGAAAAGAAAAUCGAAUCUCUGUUAUCCAAACUUAAUUGGAAUUAAAAUUUUUUAAAGUUAAUGGCUGAAAAUAAAAUGUUUAAUAAAAAAUGUCAAGAAAAUCGACCGAUAUCCGUGUAGCUCAAACAGUUUUAUUUAUUCUUGCAUAAGCAAUUUAAAAUCUAUCAUGUAGUUUAAUUAAUUCAAUAUGUUUUGGUGCUUUAGGUGGCUAAGUAGUUAUUUGCAGGAAUAUUUUGGAUUCUAUUAUUUUAAGUCUUCUUGGAAUUUAGCGGUCAAAUUUGAUUUUUAAUUUUUAAUUUUUUUAACCGAUUUUUCUGGGUAAAGAACUACUAAAAUUGAUAUUUUCAAUGGUUAACAGUUAAAAAUAUAUUAAUUCUGUGAUGAAAAACAUUUAAAGUCUAUCGGACUUUGUAACAAUAUAUUAUAAAAUAAUGUUCAAUAUUUUUACUUCUCUGAAAGUAAGCAAACUAAAUUGCUUCUUUAUUUAUUCUCGGCCUACGCAGAUCCUCGAUGAAAUCUAACAUCACUGGCAGAAAAUCGAAUUCACAUAGGACUAAGUUACAAACAAAUUAAAUACGAUAGAUAAAACCUUAUUGCAAACCAGGAAAUGAACUAAAAUUUCAAGUGAACAAGUAAAGGGGUUUCACUCAAUAUUUCUAAAAUUUUGGAGAGUAGGUUAUCGAUCAAAAGUCUACAUGGGUAAAACGCUCCAAAAUGCUUAUUUUGUUAUUUAUGGUGGACUGAAGUUACGAAAAAAUUGAGUAUUUAUACACAAAUAUAAACGUGACUUUCUUAAAUACAUAAAUUUGUGUUUAUAUAAAUCUAUAUGAACUAGAAUUUGAAUGUAUGUAUCUUCAUAGAUUCUAGUCCAGGAUGAUACAUAUUUUAUUGCGAUACAUAUUGUGAUGUAUAUUAUAUGUAUAUUAGUGUAAGACAUAUAAUAUUGAAGGUAUUUAUGAAAGUCACGUUUAUAAGACGUACAUGAACAUUUUAAUAUUUUUUUUAACUUAAGCCAACUGUAAAUAAGAAAGUAAAUAUUUUGGAGAGUUUUGUUGAAGGCGACUUCUGAACCACAAGUUGUGAAAAAUUAACCUCCGAAAUUUAGUAAUGUUAAUUGAAACCCAAUUUCCACUUGAAAUUUGAGAUGUCAUUUAUCUUGCAGAUAAAAAAAUUAUAUUAUCGGUACAAUUAUAUUAAAUAAAUACUUUUAUAAUUUGAUACGUUUUUCAUAGUUCUUAGAGAAUUUUCUAUUCAUUAUUGAAAAAACCUUUUAUUGAAAAUCGUUUAUGAUAUUUAACUUAAGGAUCCAAAUACAAUCAAUUUUUCAUAUUAUUGAAUAUGCAAUUGAACUUUGUUUUCGUACAGAGUAUUCAAGGUACUCUUUCAAAAAGUAUUUAAAUUAAAUUGCUUCAUUCAUGGUUAUAAUAAUUACCAAACUGUAGUGAUAUUUUAUACUGGGUCGGUGUAUUAAAUAUUAAAAAUCUGUGUUGAAUAUUUUUUAUGUGAAUACUAUCCAAAAAUGAUUACAGUUGCUAAAAUUAAACGUUUGUGAAUGUGAUAAACUUCGGGGAUGUAGAAUAUGUAGCAACUGCUUUGAGUGCGUUUAGCAAAAUGAUAUAUUUCGCUACAUAAAUGAUUAGUUAUCAGGUAUGAAUAAGUACUGCCAAAUUGGAAAUGCUAUUGCAUUUGUGUGAAAUGACAUUCUUAAAAAUUUUGGUUUAAAACCAAAAAAGAUUCUUUUGAUACAAUUUUUUUAAUUUCUAAAUAUAAUUAAAAAGAACAUGUUGCAUGACCUUCAUACUUUGCUAUCCUAGUCAUUCUACAGGGUGCAGCAUGAAAAAAUAUUAUCAUUAAUUUGUAAGGAUGAAUAAUUCCAAUGUAAAAAAAUUUCUGUUGCAGUGGAUAAAAA